AUGAAAUUGUCAUUCAUAUUCGAACUUCUACUAAUAUUCAUAUUAGUGGCAUUCGCGGCGUCGGCGGCAGUCGUAGAUGCGAAUGCCAAACGAAAAAAAAACGCCAUCCGUAAAUCCACAAGGCUUCAACAGCACAGGCAAAAUUUAAAUCAAACGCAAGUUGUCGCUCAAGCGGCAACAGGCGCAGCUCAAACUGUCACUCAAUCGGCGGCUCAAAAACCGCCGAAUAGAUUCUGUACCUGCGCGAAGCAAAUAUGCAAUUGUUGCAGGGAUUUCAACCUACAAUUGCUGAAUCUCAAAGGGCCAGGCUGCGCUUCAUUGCAAUAUUUACAGGGCGAUCAGCUGGCGAUUUCUAUGAGCUUCAACGAUAGAGUUUUGUCCAAUACAACAAUCAAAGGGCGCAAACCGCCGCCGAUUUGUAUGCCACUGCCAGGAGGGAUUUCGAAGUUUUGCGGUCGCGUUUACAAUAUAGGACGUCAAGGAGAUGAAUUUAACGCCUGUUUAGGUUUGGAAUUGAGAGCUCUUAACGACAUUGAAGCAGCUAUAAGAGUGUCGUGUUUCCGAUUCGGGCCGAAAGGGCUGAGAUUAGAACCGCCUCAACCUUUGCCGCCUAUAGAGGAAGAUAACGAUGACGAUGACGACGACGAUGAUGAUGACGAUGACGAUUACGACGAUUUCGGUUUUGAUGGAGGCGACAGUGUCGAUUAUAGCGUGUUUGACGACGAUUUUAUCGGGCAAUACUUCCAAGAAGACGACGAUUCUCCCAGUGUUAACAAAGUCAAAACGACCACUACUACGUUUAGACCUACUUUCAGAAGAGCUAGCAGAAGACCUGUUCACAAACAAACUAUUAUAAAGAAAAUAGUAAAGCAGCCUGUUAAAACUAGUACGCCUACAAAAACUGCGAUACUGAAGAGGAGACCUUCAGUUACCACUCGAAGCACUACAAAAAAGCCCUUGUCGACUUCAACGGUUCCAAUAUUAAACAAAAUGGAAAAAAAUAAAACUGAUGCUGCACCCACGACAAUUACUACUCCCAAAAUUAAUAACAAAGAAGUUGAAACGACUACUCAAUAUGAAAAUAAAAAUACAGUAACCGUUCAAAAAACUGAAACUACUUUUACAACAGAAGCAGUAAGCAUGAUUUCUGAUACAGAAGCUAGUAACAUUGAUAAAGAAGCGAGUACUUCUGAUAAAGAAAUUAUUACCACAAAUGAACAAAAAACGACUGAGACUACGGAAACCACAACAGAACAAAUGUAUAUUACAACUGCAGCGUAA